CUUAACGAUACUUCACCCGGUACAGUAGCUGUUAGCGGCCGUUGCUCCUUGGACCACCUUCCUUGCACUGCAUGCCUCCAAGGUCCUCUGCACCCUGCCGCUUGUGGAACACUGGACAUCCUCGAUCUUUAUCAACCCCAAUUUAUCGUUCGUUAUCCCGAUCAGGCACCUUUGCGGCGGUAGCCCCUCAUUCCUACCCCUCGCCACGCUUGUCCUCGCAUUGCUGGGUCCGAUCUAUUGCCUCCGGUGGACAGACUCAUCGUCGCCCUUCCCUCCUUCACUCUUCCACACCCAUCUCGCGUGCUCCGUUUACCACUAGUCCGGUCAGCAUGAGUUCUACCAAGAUGGGCACUGUCGAACGCAUUGCGGAGGAUCUGUUGAAGCCGGAGCUGGAUGAUCGCUCCUAUCGCGUCAUCCGCCUCCCCAAUAAGCUCGAAGCUCUACUGGUCCACGAUCCGGAUACCGACAAGGCCAGUGCUGCUGUGAACGUUAAUGUCGGCAAUUUCUCAGACGCAGAUGAUAUGCCGGGUAUGGCUCACGCCGUUGAACAUUUGUUGUUCAUGGGCACCAAAAAGUACCCCUUAGAGAACGCAUACAACCAAUAUUUGGCAUCCAACUCUGGCAUGUCCAACGCAUACACCGCUGCCACGGAGACCAACUACUUCUUUGAAGUGGCCGCCACUUCGCACUCUGGCGACGAAAAACCCGAUACGCCUACCUCGCCCUCGGCCACGCAAGCCAAAGGGCCCCUGCACGGGGCCCUGGAUCGGUUCGCUCAGUUCUUCGUCGAACCGCUUUUCUUGGAGUCAACGCUGGACCGGGAGUUGAGGGCCGUGGACUCCGAGAACAAGAAGAACCUGCAGAGCGAUAUGUGGCGGUUGAUGCAACUGAACAAGAGCCUUUCCAACCCCGCGCAUCCCUACCACCACUUCUCGACUGGAAAUCUGCAGACAUUGAAGGAGGAUCCGGAGAAACGUGGCCUUGAGGUUCGCAGUGAAUUCAUCAAGUUCUAUGAGGCCCAUUAUUCAGCCAACCGGAUGAAACUGGUUUUGCUGGGCCGGGAGUCCCUCGAUGAGAUGGAGGAAUGGGUCUCGGAUCUGUUCUCGCACGUCCAGAACAAGGAUCUUCCGCAAAAUCGCUGGGACGACGUUCAGCCCUGGACGGCGGAGCAUCUAGGAAAGCAGAUCUUCGCCAAGCCGGUCAUGGACAUGCGGUCUCUGGACAUUUACUUCCCUUUCAUGGACGAGGAGCAUUACUACGAGUCCCAGCCCAACCGUUACAUUAGCCACCUGAUCGGCCACGAGGGUCCCGGAAGUAUCCUGGCUUACAUCAAGGCCAAGGGUUGGGCCAACGGCUUGUCUGCUGGUCCUCUCCCCAUCUGUCCUGGUGCGGCCUUUUUCACCAUCAACGUCCGCUUAACCCCCGAGGGUUUGAAGAACUACCGUGAAGUCGCGCGAGUCAUCUUCGAGUAUAUCGCUAUGAUCAAGGAAGGUGAGCCUCAGCAGUGGAUCUAUGAUGAGAUGAAGAACUUGGCCGAGGUCGAGUUUCGCUUCAAACAAAAGACCCCCGCCAGUCGCUUCGCCAGCAACCUGAGCAGCAAGAUGCAGAAGCCCCACCCUCGAGAGUGGUUGCUGAGCACCGGGCUUCUCCGGAAGUACGACCCGGCUUUGAUCAAGGAAGCCUUGUCCUACCUUCGGCCCGACAACUUCCGCAUGCUUAUUGUGGCCCAGGAUUACCCCGGUGACUGGGAUCAGAAGGAGAAGUGGUACGGCACGGAGCAUAAGGUGGAGGACAUUCCCCAGGACUUCAUGGCCGACAUCCGUAAGGCGUAUGAGACCACCUCCGCGAACCGUCUGCCCGACCUGCACUUGCCCCACAAGAACGAAUUUGUUCCGACUCGUCUCUCCGUCGAGAAGAAGGAAGUCUCGGAACCAGCCAAGACACCGAAGCUAAUUCGGCAUGACGACCACGUCCGUUUGUGGUACAAGAAGGAUGACCGAUUCUGGGUUCCCAAGGGCACCUUCAACAUCUCACUCCGAAACCCUCUGGUGUGGGCUACUCCGGCCAACGUGGUCAAGGCCAGAUUCUACUGCGAAUUGGUGCGCGAUGCCCUCAACGAAUAUGCCUAUGACGCUGAGUUGGCAGGCCUUGAUUAUUCCCUGGGUAUUAGUAUCUUUGGCCUGGACAUCUCGGUGGGUGGAUACAAUGACAAGAUGUCCGUGCUUUUGGAGAAGGUUCUUACGAGCAUGCGUGAUCUCGUUGUGAAGCCGGAACGCUUCAGCAUCAUCAAGGAGCGCCUGACCCGAGCCUAUAAGAACGCCGAGUACCAACAACCCUACUACCAAGUGAGCGACUACACUCGCUACCUGACCGCAGAACGGUCCUGGCUCAAUGAGCAGUAUGCAUCCGAGUUGCAACAUAUCGAAGUGGAAGACGUGGCUUGCUUCUUCCCUCAGAUCCUCCGUCAGAACCACAUCGAGGUGUUGGCGCACGGAAACCUGUACAAGGAGGAUGCACUUCGUAUGACCGACCUGGUGGAAUCCACUUUGAAGAGUCGUACAUUGCCCGAGUCGCAGUGGCACGUGAGGCGCAAUGUCAUCAUCCCUCCUGGCUCCAACUAUAUCUAUGAGCGAACGCUCAAAGAUCCGGCCAACGUCAACAACGGCAUCGAAUAUUUGUUGUAUAUUGGAGACAUUAAUGACGCGGUCUUGCGGGCCAAACUGCUGCUGUUCGCCCAGAUGACUGAUGAGCCUGCAUUCGAUCAGCUCCGGAGUAAGGAGCAAUUGGGAUAUGUUGUCUGGAGCGGCGCCCGCUAUUCUUCCACUACUAUCGGUUAUCGCGUCAUUAUCCAGAGUGAGCGCGUUGCUGGGUACCUUGAACACCGUAUCGAGAACUUCUUGAGCAUGUUCCAGAAGACGUUGGAGGAGAUGCCGGACAGUGACUUUGAAAGGCACAAGCGCAGUCUUAUCAACCGGAGACUGGAAAAGCUCAAGAACCUGGGCUCAGAGACGAGUCGCUUCUGGUCCCACAUUGGAUCGGAGUACUUCGAUUUCGUGCAGAAUGAGGCGGAUGCUGCCAAUGUGCGGUCGUUGACCAAGUCAGACCUCAUCCAGUUCUAUAAUCAGUUUAUCAACCCUCAAUCGACCACGCGUGGCAAGCUGUCCAUCCAUCUCAAGGCACAAGCUACCGCUCUCGCGAGCACGCCCCAGCAGCAGAAGACCCAGCUUCUGACGCGUCUGCGCACGCUCUUGGAGAAAGCGCAGUUGGCAGUCGAUGCGGAUCGCUUGGAGGCUGCAUUCGCUGAAGUUGAGGUGUCCAGCGGCGAUGAGCGUCUGAUCGUGGACACCAUGAAGACUGUCUUGGAUGGAAUGGGUCUUGCAGAGCAACAAACCAAGCAGGCCCUGGAUUCGAUGGCAAGCAGCGUUGGAGUAGAGCUGAAGCACAUCGGCAUUCAGCCCAAGAGGUUCGAAGGGCAGUCUGGCCAGACGGUCAAUGGAUUCGGCCAGGAGGCUGUCACCUACAUUACCAACGUUCCUGAGUACAAGGCCCGUCUCAACGUCAGCGCGGGCCCGAACCCUGUCACCGAUAUCAGCGAGUUUGAGGACUUUGAUGCCAAGCUAUAAUCGCACCUUCUGAAUCUUAGAUCCACCCACUUGCUACAACCUUCACUUCACUUAUAAUGAUGAUAGAAACUUUUUGCUGCCUUGUUGAUAUUGAGGCGUGAUGCUGGAAUGAGUACAGGACAUCUUUGGGGACGCAGGGUGACGGGGUUGAUAGAAUUGGAAUCCAUGGGAUGUAGAUUAGAAACAUGAUAUAUAAUUGAAAUAUUUCGACCGAG